AGGUGGUAUGUUGGGAAGAGAGAAUUGAGAAUGACAGUGAAAGAUAAGUUAAAGACAAAAGGGGGGAAGAGAGGAAAAAGAAGGAUAGAAAGAAAGAAAUGGGAAAGAACUGAGAGGAGAUGACUGGGAACAAUAGUAAGGCUGUCACUGGAAGGAUGAAGUUGGAUUCCCCCCUUCUGUAACAAAGUGAAAUAGAUCUUCAAGAAAAAUUAUAAAUAAAGAUAUUUCAUUUUUUAUCAUGAUAUAACAAGCAGGAGAAAAGUUUAUCAGAAUUUCAAUAAUCAUAUGUGAUCCCAUGGCCUGUUAUCUUGUGACAACUUUUCAGGGUAAAACGGUGUUAUCAAUCUCCCGAGAUGCAAGAACGAGUAUGGUAUUCAAGCAUACAUUGUGGGCAAGCGCCAUCUCUUGAUUAGAAAGAGAGAAGCGCAUUGGAACCCAUUGUCGUCUGUAUCUUGAAUUUUUCCGGUUUGUUCCAAUUUUUUGUUGCCUUGUUGAAGGCAAGACAGAGGUAUUUUGGUGCCGACAAUUAGUGAGUAUCAUCAGUGUUUGCGCACCAAAACUAACAACAGUUUUAUCACCUGCACUGUUUUCAUUCCUUGACUAGCUUUUGUUUUGGUACUGCCACUGCUUUGUUUCGUUAGUGCAUGCUGACUGUCUGUUGUUUUCUGCAUGAACUCUACUUUGUUUCUUUUGUGAGAAUUUAUGACUUGUCAAAGGAAAGAUACGGAAAUGAAUAUGCAGUUAUCUUAAUUCAUCUUGCGUACAUCAAAUAAUCAAGUUACUGCCAUCUGCUAUUUAAAUGGCCCUACCACCAGUACAGUUUUUUGUGUCAUGUGAACUUUGGAUGUUUGAACGUCUGUUGGUUUCAAGAGAUAUAGAAAUCCAUCAAAAUUUAAUCUUCAGCUUGAAGUUAAGCGACCUCCAAAACGGGAUGUCUGACAGUGCGGGAACCUCAGACCAUACAUCUAUAAAGAUAGACCAUAUGGACCAUCUCGUCUUGACCGUGAAAGAUGUUGCUCGAACCGUCGACUUCUACGCCAGAGUUCUUGGAAUGACGGAGAUCACGUUCAAAGAGACCCGCAAGGCGCUCAGAUUCGGGAACCAGAAAAUCAACCUCCACGAGGCUGGCAAGGAGUUUGAGCCGAAGGCGGCCCACCCCACCCCUGGAUCUGCCGAUCUGUGCUUCAUCGCCGACACACCACUGGAGGAUGUGAUAGCGCAUUUAAAGGCAUGCGAGGUGAACGUUGAAGAAGGUCCGGUGGUGCGGACGGGAGCGAUGGGCCCCAUUAACUCAGUCUACUUUAGAGAUCCAGACACGAACUUGAUUGAAGUCUCCAACUAUGUUUAAGUUUUCCCCCAACCAUGCAUUAACAAAAACUGACUAGGUCUGGUUGACUUGGUUGUGUUCUAAGUUUAAUUUUUUCUAACAUUAUUUUCUUGUUUUCAUAAUGGCAUUUACCUUUUAAAGUUUUCAUUUUGUAUUAGAUCUUCUUUUUUUUCUUCACUUAAAGUAUAAAAUUAACAAGGACAUUGAUGACUGUUAAUUAGAAAAUUCUUUACAAACUGGCAGAACUGAUGUUAUUCUAUUUGUUGCUUUUGUGAGUUUUGUCUAACAUGAUACAAGAACACACUUCAACAAAAUAAAUGAAUACAUGCUCAGAAAGCAAAAUUGGUUAAUAAUUGUUAGAAUAGAAUGUAGAAUAGCCUAAAAAAAAGAUUCAUAAAGGUUAUACCAACAGUUAAAAAAGGUUAAGAUUUAUCAGAUGUACAAUGAUCCGUCACUAUUUGUCCUUACACUGAGCUCUUGUGCCAUUGCUCUGUAUAUAACUCUGGAGCUAUUAUGAGCUGGAGAUCCCAAUCAUAAACAGACUGAAACAUAUGAGGGCAGUAGUCUGCAGGAUCUAGUAAGGACUGUAGGAAUAUUAAGUUUCUAUCGACUUCACGGCAAAUUGAGUCUGAUUGCCUACAUGUGUAGCUG